UAGCAGGCCUAAUUAUUAUUAACCUGCCCUUUCAUAGCUCCCGUUUAUUUUUUUAGCGGGUCUCAAUUUAACAGGCCCAAGAAAUUACUGCUUUGGCACAAAUGCCCCUCCGCCAAUUAAGGGCUGCCUUGCGGUAGCUGAUGUGGCACAAAUCUCAUAUGUACUCCUCUCUAUAUAUUUGUGUUGACAACUCAUCUUUCUGAAAACAAACAAAAGAAAAAAUAGAACUCCGGCGAAGCUCUGCUCCCUUGGUUCCCUCGCAAAUUAGAUCGCCGGUUCCCAAAAACGAUGACGCCGGGAAUCAGCUACCGCCUUCCGCGGAAUCCGGGGUGGUCACGAUUCUUCGUCACGACGUUGUUCGCCACUGCUUAUUAUGCGGCGAUUAGUAAUAUUGCGGCGGUGGCGGGGCAGAGCAAGACGGCGCUGUUGAAGCUGCUGAUUCAGGUCUUCCCAAAAGGCUCCCCACUGGUUGAAGACAUUUCAGGAGCAGCCGUGAAGGUAGUUGAGGGAGAUAAGAAGAUCAAAACAGAAGAAGCAAGGAUUGGCAAGAACAACAGGAGGUACAAGGAGUCUAGUACCUCGGUUUCUUCUUCAGAGAACAAGAUUUGGUUGAACAGCUUCUGGAGCCUGUUUCUGAUUGCUGGCACGGCUACAGUUUUCGCAAUCUGUAUUUUUGUCGUCGUGCUCGUUUACAAGCACGGGGAGCUCGUGUUGCCCCAAGAAGAAGAUUCACAAUGGAAACCUUCGUUCUGGAGAAGAAGUCGGGAUCUGUUCAGGACGUUCGACACGAAAGAUCUCAAAUGCCGUACUAUCAGGGACGACAGAGUUUGUGGCAACGUUCAUCUUGCCAAUGUGAAUGUACUGAGCCCCUCCACGUAUUCCGUUCGCUUGGAGUUUCCUGCGGAUUCACCAGAAACACCUACUCUGAUGAUGGAAUCUUUGUGGAUGCAACCCGAAGACCUACUCCGCUGAUAGAAUCUUCAAUCUUCGUUGGAGUUACACGACGGCACAGUAGCUCAGGAAGGUGUGAUAAACAUUGGUUAACAUCCAAAUUCCAAUACAGAAUGGCCCCAUUGCUUAUUAUGUUAACACUAAUGAUGAAAUUAAGAGACAUCAAGAAAAGAUAAUGAGAUAUGGUAUGAUGAAGAAACCGUAGUAUGACUA